AUGGCCGGUGAUUUCAAUGAGAUCAUGUCCAACAAUGACAAGUCUGGAGGUCCUAGACGUGCGGCUGCACUUAUGGCUGUUUUCCGGCGAACUAUGGCAGAUUGUGAUCUUAUAGAUAUGGGGUUUGUUGGCAGUCGGUUUACGUGGAGCAACAAGUUCACAAAGGAGAGACUGGAUAGGGGUUUUCAAACACCAUCAUGGAGAGCUAGAUUUCCGUAUAGUAGGGUUCUUACUCUAAACCCUAGUGAAUCUGAUCAUUGCCCAUUGCUAAUUGUGUGGAACUCAAAAGAAUUUAACAGUCAAAAGCAGGAGCUGCGUAUUAUCCAGGAAAAAUUUAUUGAUAUUAUGAAACUUCCCUUCUCUCUGGAACAGUAUGAAGAACAAAGACUCUUGCAUGUGAGGCAUAGUCAGAUUCUUGCUCAACAAGAGAAAUAUUGGAAGCAGAGGUCUAGGGCAAUUUGGCUCAAAGAUGGAGAUAGAAACUCAGCAUUCUUCCACCGGAAAGCCAGUAAUAGAAGAAGCAAAAAUAUGAUAAAAGGCCUCAAUGAUGAGAGAGGCCAAUGGCAAAGUGACCCAGCAGAGAUUCAAAGGCUUCUAUUAACCUAUUUCGAGAGUGUUUUCUCGACUGGAGGCACUGACCAUGAGGCGCUUGCCACAAUCCUUGCAGCAACACCGACCAAAGUUACUCCUACAAUGAAUGAGGACUUAUUGCGGCCAUACUCUGAUGAUGAGAUUAAAAAGGCACUCUUCCAAAUGCACCCUUCCAAAAGUCCGGGUCCGGAUGGUAUGUCACCCUUCUUCUUUCAAAAGUAUUGGAAUAUUGUCAAUUUUGAUCUUUGCAUGGCAGUUAGGAGUUUCUUACAAACUGGAGAAAUGGAGGCGUGUAUCAAUUACACUUAUUUAUGUCUUGUACCAAAGAUCAAGGAUCCUAAAGAAGCUGCACAUUUCAGACCAAUUGCCUUGAGCAAUGUGAUAUGUAGAAUUUGUUCCAAAGUUGUCUCAAAUCGACUUAAGCAAUGGCUACCAGAUAUUGUUUCACCACUACAGAGUGCGUAUGUGCCUGGGAGAAUUAUUUCUGACAAUACUUUAGUGGCCAAUGAAGUGGCACACUUUAUGCACAAGCUACGGCAUCAAGAUACUGGUUUCUUCUCUUUAAAGUUGGACAUUAGUAAGGCAUAUGAUCGUCUUGAGUGGCAUUAUCUCCAGGCAAUUCUCACCAAGCUAGGGUUUCACCCUACUUGGACUUCUAUGGUCAUGAAUAUGGUCACUACUGUAAGCUACUCAAUUUUCCUUCAAGGUGAGCCUACUCCUCGUAUUUCGCCUACUAGAGGAAUCCGUCAAGGAGACCCAUUGUCCCCAGAUCUUUUUAUCUUAUGUGCUGAGGGUUUGUCAGCACUCAUCACUCACGCAGUACAAAACAAUUUCAUCUCUGGCCUCCAAAUGUGUCCUCAAGCGCCAGUACUUCAUCAUCUCUUCUUUGAAGAUGAUAGUUUGCUAUUUGGAACUGCUACACCUGAGGAGUGUACUGCCUACAAACAAAUCCUGGAUUUGUAUGAAAAGGCCUCGGGGCAGAAAGUAAAUUUUCAGAAAAGCAGUGUUGUUUUUAGCAGGAAUGUGGACUUGGAUCUUCAAAAUAGUUUGGCUUCCAUUCUAGCAGUACAAUGUGUGGAUGAACAUGAUAAGUAUCUUGGUUUACCAAUGAGAAUUGGUAAAUCCAAAACUGCCAAGUUUGCUUAUAUUAAAGAAAAGUUAUCCAAGAAGUUGAUUAGCUGGAAGUCAAAAAUUCUCAGUUGCGCUGGAAAAGAAAUACUCAUAAAGGCAGUAGCUCAGACCAAACCCUUGUAUGCUAUGAACUGUUACUUGCUUCCUAAGAGUUUGUGUGACGAUAUUCAUCAACUAUGUGCUUCUUUUUUUUGGGGUGACACAGAUGAAAAAAAGAAGAUCCAUUGGCGAAGUUGGGAGAAAUUGUGUCUCACAAAGCAUGAAGGAGGUAUGGGGUUUAAAAACAUCUAUGCUUAUAAUAUUGCCAUGCUUGCUAAACAAGGGUGGAGAAUUAUCUCCAACCUUCAUUCUCUUAUUGCAAGGCUAUACAAGGCAAAAUACUUUCCUCAAUGUUCCUUCUGGGAGGCCAAUCUUGGGGACUCUCCCUCCUUCUCAUGGCGAAACAUUCUACAAGGUAGGCAGGUUCUUAAGGCAGGUGUCCAGUGGAAAAUUGGUGAUGGCCAACAAGUGGAUCUGUGGCAUGAUCGAUGGCUUCCUGUUCCAGUCCAUGUACCACUUAUGCAGCCUCCUAACACCUUCUACUCCAAGGUCGCAGACCUAAUUGACAUAACUACCCGACAGUGGAUCCCAGAAGCAGUCUGUAGUCUCUUUCCCACUCCUAUCGUAAAGAAGAUUCUAUGUAUACCACUCAGUAGAGUAGCUGCUCCGGACAAGUUGAUAUGGGCUCCAGAAAAAAAGGGCCACUACUCUGUAAAAUCUGCAUACUGGAUUGCUCGAAUGGAUGUUAUGCAACAUGUGUUGGUAUCUACCUCUAGGGGAGAUCCUUAUAAGGAACUAUGGAAACACGUUUGGAAAGCCAAAGUCCCAGGCAAAGUUAGUAUUUGUGCAUGGCGGGCUUGUAACAAUCUUCUUCCAACAAGAGAUCGACUUCUAACAAAGGGGUAUGAUGGCCCUCGACAUUGCCUUUUGUGCAAUUACCACAUUGAGGAUGCAAGUCACCUUUUCUGUAAGUGUCCCAUAGCAUCUACAAUUCUACAUGCUGCACCAUUCAACUUGCAGAAUACUAUACUUCCCUCUUUGAACUUCAAGGAAUGGAUGUUGGAACGAGCUCUUACUUUAUCACCUGACAUUUUUGCGAAAUUGUUAAUGAUCAUCUGGGCCAGAUGGAAAAAUCGUAACAAUUUUUUAUGGAAUGGCACUGAGCAAUCUGCUCAGGAUAUUCUAUUAAGCAGCUUCACAUGGUUGGAUGAAUUCCAGAAAGCCAGAAACAUCAGUCAGCCAUCUCCUGUUAAGCAACAAAGACAGCGAUGGAAACCGACUGAAAAUGGAGCCUUCAAGCUAAAUGUAGAUGCUGCAUUCCUAUCCGACCAAACCAGGGGUGGCCUUGGAGGAGUUUUAAGCAAUGCUUCUGGACAAUUUGUCGCAGCUUUUGCUACUCCUAUUGCUCACACAGCGUCCCCAAAACAAUGUGAGUUAUAUGCUAUCCGUGCUGGACUUGAUUUACUUGCCUCACUUCAUAUUCAAAAUGCUGUUGUUGAAUCCGAUUGCACUGAGGCAAUAGCGGAAGCCUUGUGCCCAGAUCAUUCCUUGCUUGCCAACGGAGGUCUUGUUGAUGACAUUAAGAGAGCUGUAAGAAAUAUACCUUCAGUCCAAAUCCAGUAUGCACCACGUUCUUGUAAUAUGGUGGCCCAUAGGCUUGCAGGUAUAGGUUUUGAGGCACAAUUUAGCACAGUUUGGCUUGAGCACAUGCCUAGCUGCAUCAUAGAUGUUCUAAAUGCAUAUUGUAAUCACCUCAAUUGA